GUCAUAUAAUGAACGUCUGACCUAGGACUCCCUUUAAAAGAUUGUUAAGAUGCCGUCUGAUACCUCUAGUCUUUUCAAGGAACUAACACUCAAGGAUGCUGAGAAAGCCUUGGCAGCGGAUUUGGAUUUGCUUGUUAAUACCAUACCAAAUUCAUCUCCAGAAAAAGAAGCGUUCAUAAACCAAAUGAUAUCUUUCAAAGAGUUGUUUAAGCAAUAUUUGCAUGACAAAACACAAAAAUUCGAUUGGAAUAUGAUGGAACCUGUCCCAUCUGAAAGUAUUAAGAUGUACGAUGCCCUUCAAGUUCCUACCGAUCGUGAAGUAAUCCGUCAACAGUUAAAUAAGUUAGUAGUAGUGAAACUAAAUGGUGGCUUGGGCACAACAAUGGGUUGUACUGGACCCAAAUCCUUAAUUUCUGUCCGGAGUAAUCUUACUUUUCUUGACCUGACUGUACAACAAAUCGAGAGACUAAACAAUGAAUACGGAACUAGUAUUCCCUUGGUUUUGAUGAAUUCCUUCAAUACACAUAGUGAAACUGAAAAGGUUUUACGCAAAUACCAGCAAGUUAAUGUUCAAAUUUUGACGUUUUUACAGAGCUGCUACCCUCGUCUGAAUCGUGAGUCAUUACUUCCUAUUGCUAAAUGUGCUGGUCAGGAAAGUCAUGAUUCUGGAACAAAGACUUCUAAAGAUAUGAACUAUAAUCCUGAAGAAUGGUAUCCUCCUGGACAUGGUGAUUUCUAUCGUAGUUUUGUUGCUUGUGGAUUAGCAGAGAAAAUGAUAGCUAUUGGUAAACAAUGGGUUUUCUUGUCUAAUAUUGAUAAUCUUGGAGCAACUGUUGACCUAAAUAUUUUAAAUUUUUUAAUGAAUAAAGAAUCACAUUAUGAUAAACAAUCACCAGAGUUUGUUAUGGAAGUAACUGAUAAAACACGAGCUGAUGUUAAAGGUGGUACAUUAACACAAUAUCGUGGACAUUUGAGACUUUUAGAAUUAGCUCAGGUCCCUGAAGAACAUGUGGAUGAUUUUGCUAGUGUACGAACAUUUAAAAUAUUUAAUACUAAUAAUCUAUGGAUUGAUUUACAAGCUUUACAUCGUAGUGUUAAACAAAAAACUUUACAAAUGGAAAUUAUAGUCAAUCCUAAAACAUUAGAUUCUGGUACAAAUAUAUUACAAUUAGAAGAGGCUGCAGGAGCUGCUAUCAAGUCAUUUAAUGGUGCUUUCGGUGUUAAUGUUCCACGAAGUCGUUUCUUACCAGUUAAAACUACUUCAGAUUUAUUAUUAGUAAUGUCUAAUUUGUAUGUAUUAGAUGGUGGAAGUUUAUCAUUGUCUCCAUUAAGAAGUUUUCCAUCUGUGCCUUUAGUAAAACUUGGUAAUCAUUUUAAAAAAGUUAAAGAUUUCUUAAGUCGAUUUACAAGUAUACCAGAUCUACUGGAAUUGGAUCAUUUAACUGUAUCAGGAGAUGUAUACUUUGGAAAAGGAGUAGUUUUAAAGGGUACAGUGAUUAUAGUUUCUAAUUUUGGUAAUCUUAUCAAUAUACCACCAGGUUCAAUAUUAGAAAAUAAAAUUGUUUCAGGAAAUCUACGUAUAUUAGAUCAUUAAAUAAUUUCACAUUGAAAGUCAAUUUAAAGUUAUUAAUUACACUUCUAUUAAUAGAACUUUAUAUUUGAUUAUGUUUGUGCUUUCAUUAUUAUUAUUUAGUAUAAUUCCUUAUUCUUAUUUAUAUAAUUUCAUUUCACUUUACCUUAAUAUAUUUACUGUAUCCUUAUUAUUAUUAUCUAAACUAAUUUAGAUAUACAAUUUUCAUAUUAUCUUAAUGAAGGAAGUGAUAAUCCUUUUUUCUUUUCUUUUCUUUUCUUUUCUUUUUCAUUUUGUUUUCAAAUUGUAAGUAGGAAACAUUACAAAUUUAAAUAUGAUAAUAAUAAGAAUAAUAAUAUUUGUCUUUUUUUAUUGAAGACUAGUUUUAUUGAUUAACAUUUAAGUUGAACAAAUUCUAUUAAUCAAAUAUUUUUUAAAUGAAGUUUUGUUCUCUGAAAUAGAUGGUUUAGUUAUG